CACCCACACAGUGGACACACAAUAAUGAUGUGACAUUCAGAGUUUCUGAGUCCAGCAGUGGAGACUACAUGUGUAAGAGUCGACGCAGAGAUGACUCAUAUUCUUCAACAGAGUGGAGUGAAGCCUUCACAUUGUCAGUAUCAACAGAUCAACCAAAGGCCCAAAUAACUUCUGAUAUGAGAGACAUCCCAGUAGGGAGAAAUGUGACCCUGAACUGCUCAGUGAACCCAUCAUCAUCAUCUGGAUGGAAAUACUACUGGUACAGAGAUGAGAACUCCUCUGAAGCCCUGACCACACAAGAUGCAGUUUUCCACUCAAAUGGACAAAUCAGUGUCUCACAGGAAGGACUCUACAGGUGCAGAGGAGGAAGAGGAAACCCAGUUUACUACACAGAGGACAGCCAGUCAGUCAGGAUUGGGAAAAAGGCAGCACCUGAGCCUGAAAACUCUUCAUUUGUCACUCCUUUGAUCGUUGGACUCGUUUGUGGAGUUUUACUGAUUCUUCUUCUGCUGCUGUUGUGUCGCUUCAAACAGUCAAAGGAUUCAUUCUUUGUCAGGACUCGGAGCACAAAUCAGAGCUCUGCUAUGAACCACAUGAUCAAGGAUGAAGCUCAACACAGUCGACAUGCUUCAACUCUCCAAGGUGAUGCUUGUGUUUAUGAAUCAAUCAAAGACCUUCAUGACACACAAAAUGAUGACAGUGUGUUGCAUGCACAGGUCUCCCACGAUAGAGCUAAAACCAAGAAAGACAACGAUGACAGCCUGUUGUACACACAGGUCUAUUACACUAAAGCAAAACCCAAGAGACACAAAGGAAAACCAGCUCCUGCAGCAGCUGAUGAAACAGUUUAUUCUGAAGUUAAAUCACAAACAGUUCUGGGUAACUGUGCAGAAAUAAAAUAGCUUACAUGUUGUGAUUUGUUGCUGUAAUGAUGAACUCAAAUAACUUUUAAAGGAAGCAAAUUUAGUUCUAAAUCACCUUUAAUGACUGAAUUAUGCUGCACCGUUUCUUUCAGAUUAAUAACAAGAUCUGCAAAACCAACUGGAUCAGUGACAAAACUGUGUUAAUUCCAUUAGAAUCAAAGAGAUCAUUGGAAAAAAUGAGAUUAUGCACUGUUUUGUAAAACAAAAUAAAGUCAAACAAACUUUCUUUCAUCAUAAUAGCACCAACUGAUGAUCUGACUUUGAAACCAGGAUGCUUUUUAGACAUGAAUAUUCAUUGAACUGUAAGUGUUGUUACAUCUAGAUUGUUCAAUAAAUAAAUUACAAAUAAAACAACACUUGGAAAUGAAAAUCAUCAACCUACAGAGGGCUAAAUGCAAAGACACAUCAAAGUGACAAAAUAAUGCAGCAGGUUAGUCCAUUUUGUCAAACUUUAAUUGCACCAACUCUAAAUGAUAAAUGAUACUAAGUAGCCGGUUUGGCCUCCAUGUGCUUGUGUGCAUGCCUGACAAUGUUGGAGCAUACGAAUAAUGAGACAAUAGUGUCCUGGGGAUCUCCUCCAAGAUCUGGACCAGGCUCCUGGACAGUCUGAGCUGCAGCAUGGCAGCAUCAGAUGGAGAGGGAGUAUAAUGUCCCAGUUGGAUUCAUGUCAGGCAAGUGUGGGGGCCAGUCAGUGGUAUUAAUUCCUUAAUCCUCCAGGAACUGCCUGCAUACUCUCAACACAUGAGGGUGGUCAUUAUCAUACCAGGAGGAACCCAGGACCCACAGCACAAGCAUAGGGUCUGACAAUGGUUGCCAAACUCUUGAGACCAUGCUGGGAGACAUGGCAAACCUUCUGGGAAUAGCACACAUUGUAUUGGUUAUCCUAGAGGAGUUGGACAUUCUCUACAACCUCUGUAGCAUCCAGGGAUCAUCUCACCCUGCCAGUAACGAUGAUGACCCUAGCCAAAUGCAAAAAUAGUGAAAAACAGUCAGAAGAGAUGAGGAGGGAAUAAUGUCAGUGACCUCUACCUGUAAAACAAUUCCUCACUGUUGCCCCUCUAGUGUACCCAAGUGUUAACUGGAUUUUCUGCUACUUCAUCGAGCAGAGAAGUUUGAGUGAUGUGAUGCCAAAAUUUUUUAUAAAAAUAAUUCCUUUAAUUUCUUUUGAGCAGUGCAUAAUUACAGACGUUUCCUGUGUCGUUUCUAAAAUCAGUCGAUGUGUAUGAUAAGCAUACAUGUUUCUUUUCCCCUGGAUGAAUUAAGCAAUACUUCACAUAUUUCUACAAAGUUUCUUUUCUUCUUUGAACAGUUUUAGGAAAAGAUCAACUUUUUAAAAUUUUAUUUUAUGUAAGCUGCUUGGAGAGCUGCAAUUGUGUUAUAUGAAAAUAUGUUUCCUAUAGGAAAACUCAGUCAGUUUGUAUGACCUUCAUAUAUUGUUACAUCUACAGUCUUGUUUGUUGAAAAACAUGUUGAAGUCGUUUGCACACUUGUUCUUGUUUCUGCGCUUCAUUGCUCCAAAUAGAUCAAAUUCACACAUGACUGUUACCAUGCACAUGUUUUAUUUUCUGUCAGUGUCAGACUUAGUUCUUCCUCUCAGCUGUUACCAGGUGUUUGUUUAAAGCGGACUGUUUAUUGUAGGGUAUUUACCAUACAAAAUAAAGCAUUUUGAGGCGACUGUUAUUGUGAAUUGCUGUUAAAUAAACAAAA